UUUAUCUCAGUAUAUCUAGCGUUUUGGUAGUCACAAUUACCGCUUUUAUUUCUCUGAAGGUGUUCCCAAUCGCUACACCUAAAAUGAAGGCGGCUUUUAUCGGUCUUAUUCUUCUGAUACCUUGUUUUGAGUCUCUGGAGUCUAAAGAGGCUCUUUCUUUCACCUACCAUCGCUACCCGCAACUGCGGCAAGCACUCGUUGGCGUCUGGCUACAGUGCCCCCAGAUCACUCGGCUCUAUAGCAUUGGCAAGAGCUCCCAAGGCAGACAGCUGCUAGUCAUCGAAAUCAGCGACCGGCCCGGAGUACACGAACCAGGAGAGCCAGAGAUGAAACUUGUGGGCAACAUGCACGGCAAUGAAGCUGUUGGUCGGGAGCUGCUUGUGUAUUUAGCACAAUACCUGUGCGAUGAGUACCAGCGAGGGAACAACACCAUCCUCAACUUAAUUCAGAGCACACGCAUUCACAUUCUCCCUUCCAUGAACCCUGAUGGCUUUGAGCUGGCAGCCUCUCAGAGAGGCAGUGUGAAGGACUGGCUUCUAGGAAGAGCCAAUGGCCAGGGCAUCGACCUCAACCGUAAUUUCCCUGACCUGGACAAGAUAGCCUAUCUGAACGAGCGCUCAGGAGGCCCCAAUCACCAUCUUCUCCAGGACAUCAAGAACCGUGUGAAAGAGAACAGCAAGCUGGCCCCAGAGACUAAGGCUGUCAUCAAGUGGAUAAUGCAAAUUCCAUUUGUUAUGUCAGCUAAUCUCCAUGGUGGAGACAUUGUUGCUAACUAUCCCUAUGAUGAGACAAGAACAGGCGUGGAUAAGCAGUACACCCCGUGUCCUGACGAUGCCAUGUUCAAAAGCCUGGCUCAUGCCUAUGCUACACACAACCCCGUCAUGUCAAACCCCCACAGACUCCCUUGUGACAUGGAGGGAGAUGAUGGGUUUAUAAACGGAACGACCAACGGGGCAGCCUGGUAUAGUGUCCCUGGAGGUAUGCAGGAUUUUAACUACCUCAGCACUAACUGCUUUGAGAUAACGGUUGAGCUGAGCUGUGAAAAGUUCCCCCCUGCGUCACAUUUAAGGAAGUACUGGCUUGAUAACAAGGCCUCACUCAUUAACUACAUUCAGCAGGUUCACCGAGGGAUCAAAGGAUUUGUUACUGACAGCGAGGGAAAUCCAAUAGCAAAUGCAACAAUUUCAGUCAAAGGCAUCGACCACGACAUCACCACAGCUGAGGAUGGAGACUACUGGAGGCUUCUGGUACCAGGGGAGUAUCAAGUCACAGCUUCUUCUCCAUCUUAUGAAAGUGUCACCAGGAAAGUGAUCGUCCCACAUAAUCCUGCACAGAAGGUGGACUUCAGAUUGAAGGCACUGCAGCAGAAGAACAAUGAAGAACAGCAGGAACUGGAGAGAUGGUGGAAAAUGAUGUCAGAAACAUUGAACUUCUGAACAGUCAUGGUUAUUUCAGCCAUUUUAAUCUGUUGCUUUCUUCUUUUCAGACAAGUAAGAGGGUACUGGUGAAUCUUUGUUCUUGUAAAUCAUUGGCUUUUUCUCAUGAAACAUUUCAGUCUGAUUCUCUCUUCUUUGGUAUGCACAGACUCCAUGAAACAAACCCAAGCAAAAAUGUUAAAGUUUGGUUUCCCCAAAUUAUCCGUUCUUAUAAUACACAGUGUUUCUCUUUUAUAGUUUUCAGGAAGUAAAACUGAAAAACAAAAUCUGAAAACAGAUUCAGCUGUUCAUGUUAGCUGUAAGAUGUUAAAAGUAUACUGAUGAAAAAAAGAAACGCAACAUUUUCUGGAAUGAGAAUACUAUAGUUAUAGCUGGUGUACUUUCACAAAAAGUUGUCGAUUUGUUUUAAGCCCUCUGACCAGCAAUAAAGAUUGUGCAGUGAGGCAUUGCAAGUUGCCGAUCACAUGAAAGCUCAUUAGGUGCACUUUUACCCAACGAGGUCCAGGUGGAACAAUGCCCGAUCAGGUCACCUUUAAAAAGGCCUUAAUUCAAAGCUCUAGGUCACUGCAAAAAAAGGCCACACUUAGUUUUCUGUACAUUCCAUAAUUCUUUUAAUGUCACCAGAAGCAAGGGAGAGGACCAUUGGCAUGCUGCAGGCAGGCAUGUCAUGUGCCAGCAUUGCCAGACACUGUGGAGUAGGCUGCUCCACUGUGUCCCGACUGCAGAGAAGGUUUCAGCAGAUCGGCAGGACAGAUAGCCAUCCAAGAUCUGGUCGCCCUCAAGUGACCACAGCAGAGCAGGACUGACAUAUCAGACUGGUCCAUCUGAGAGAUUUUUUCAGGUCUGCCACCCAUACUGCUGCUGAAAUUGCCGGCAGAUACAA